AUGCCGCGCUCGUUCCUCGUCAGGACUAAAAGGACCCAUCCACUCAGCUCACCUAAGGUCUGCUUCAGACGACGGUCUCAAACAGAUGACGAGAAGACGGAGCAGGAGAGUGGAAACCCUGAAGACACUCUGCAGCCUUUGUCCCCCGUGCUUGGGGUCAGAGACGUUGCGCCUGAACCGUGCUCGCUGAGGGAUGGGGUGCCAGGUUGCUCACAAAGAGUCCUUACAGAACAGCUCUGGCCUUCAGCCACGGUGGAGAAAGGAGAUUUUCCUCAACUGGUUUCAUCGUGGCCAUCAGACAGCCAUCGAUCGGACCGAGAGAGGGAACUGGAGCGACUGGUGCUGAUGCUGCUCAACCACACCUCACAUACGGACCUCAAAUCACCCACCAGAGAGUGUCCACUCUGUGAAAAGACACUUUCAGAAGCCCUGAUGUCAGGAGGUCAUCUUCAGGAUCAGCUUUGCAACGCCCUCUCUGCACCUUUGUCGAGCUCGUUCACAGAUGCAGACAUGAACCUCGUGACCUUUGGAUUCAGAGCAGGUGGCAGCUACAGCAGAUCAAAGGAGCGUAGCUUCAGCUGCAAGGUGUGUGGAAAGGUGUUCAAGCGCUCGUCCACCCUGUCUACUCACCUCCUCAUCCACUCGGACACGAGGCCCUACCCCUGCCUGUACUGUGGCAAAAGGUUUCACCAGAAGUCAGACAUGAAGAAACACACCUUCAUACACACAGGUGAGAAACCACAUGUGUGCAAGGUGUGCGGGAAAGGAUUCAGCCAAAGCUCCAACCUCAUCACCCACAGCCGAAAGCACAGCAGCUACCGCCCGUUCAGCUGCUCACGCUGUCAGCACAGCUUCCAGCGCAGGGCGGACCUGCAGCGCCACCAGGAGUCGCAGUGCGGCUACGGAGACAUGUACACUCAAAGCUGA